AUGACCGCGCCGGCCGACAAGCUGACCGAAGAGAUCGCCGAGCAGGUCGACGAUCGCACGGGGAUCCACAUUACAUCCGGGCCCCGAAAGGAGGUCGAGGAUGCGCCCGCCGACAUAUGGUACUUCGCCUUUGGCUCCAAUCUGGCUGACUCGGUCCUGCGCGGUCGCCGCAGCUACUCCCCCGCCGAGACGGUGGGGGCCCGGCUGCCGGGGUACCGCCUGGCCUUCACGCUGCAGGCCCUGCCCUACCGCGAGCCCGCCAUGGCCAGCGUGGAGCGCAUCCCCACAGAAUCGCCCCCGGUGAGCAAUGGUGCGGCGCACGCCGCGGACGCGGCCGGAGCCCGGAGGCGAGGGCCCGCCGGCGCGGAGCCGUGGAGCCAGGGCCCGGAGAAGGGCGGCGCAGAGGACAGGCAGGAGGUGCACGGCGCGCUGUACAGACUGACGCAGGGGCAGUGGGACUACAUCUGUGAGACGGAGGGGGCAGCCGGCAGCAAGCAGAGCGAUUACGAGAUCCUGGAGGUGGAGGCGGAGGCGUACGACGGCCGCAGGAUCGAGGCCCGCACCCUCACCACCUCCGAGCGGGCGCUGCGCUUCAGGAAUGGCCGGAAGCUGCUGCCCAGCAAGCGCUACCUCACCAUCAUCCGCACCGGUGCCGCUGAGCGGGGCCUGCACGCCGAGUACCUGGCCUACCUCGACUCCCUGCAGCACUACCAGGCGCGCACCCUGGGCCAGAAGGUCAUGGGGACCCUCUUCCUCGGCAUCCUCUUCUCCUUCUUCGGGCUCUUUGCGGCGGUGAAGCUGAAGCGGAGGAUCAUGGGUGAGGUCCCUGGCGUCAGCAAGAAGGAUGCGGGGCCAAGGCUGCUGCCCCAGCUCUUCCACGCCCUCGCCAAAGCUUCUUGGGCACUCCAUGACAUCCUCGAACCGGUCAUGGGAUCUGGUGCUUGUUAG